UAUAACUUGUACUUUAAAGUGCCUCAAGUUAAUGCGACAGCCUGUACUGAUGUCACGGAACAAAAUCUCAAACCUUCUUUCACUGAACCUCCACAAAAGAAAAGUAACACGGCCAAAAAGUCCAGAAAUCGAACUGCAUUCACAAGGGAGGAGAAGGAAUACUUAAUAAGCGCCUUCGAGAAGAAUUUCUACCCUGACGCUGAGGGGUUUGCUGAAUUGGCCAGGGUCACUAAUCAUACGGAGAACCAAAUCAAGGUAUGGCAUCAAAAUUGGCGAUCAAAGAAGAGAAAGGAGAAGUAUUUCAAGAAGGCUCCAGGAAGACCAUCGGCAAAUGAUAAAAAGUCCUACUGGGGUGUUCCAAUGACUCCGGAGGAAAUUGAGCGAAGAAACUCCAAAAUAGCCAUUAAAAAAGCUAAAGGUCGUGAUGGUGGCGGUGGCGGUAGUAGCAGGACGCAUCCAGAUGCUCCUCAGCAAUAA